GCUAUGGAUGUGGUGAAUGAAUUCUGUGAUCUGCUACAAAGUCACGUCAACCGUGAUAAGGUGGUAUCACUAGCGAGCUACUUGUUGAAGUUAUGGGGAUCAUCAGCAGAGAGGAAGGACUUGAUGACCGCAAGUGCCAAGCUGUCGGCGGCGCGCGCUGCAACACGCUUAUUUGACGAUGCAACCGCUUUGAAGACUUGGGUCGCGUAUGGACUCGGGAAACAGGAUGGACCGAUAUGGGGACCCAUUGGUGUAGCAAAUAGCGUGUUCUCAUUGCUAUACUUGCAAGCAGAGAAGGUCAUGUUCCUUAUUGACGUCGGCAUCAUUGUGGUCUCCAAGGAUGUGGACUUCAGGGUGAGGACAGCGCAUAAGUUGUUCUGGUCGCUUUCCGCUUUCGUCGGAUUUAUCAGGUCCAUCCGCGCGUUGCACUCAAAAGCGAAGGUCCUCAAAUCGCCGCAACGCACCAAGUGUGCACCAGCCCAGUACAGACAGGCGUGUAUGACAUCCACCAAGCUGAUAUUGGACGUCAUCCACGCGGUCAGCUGGCUGCCCCCGGGCUGGCUAUGGGGCGGCGCCCUCAGCGCCAAGAAAGCUAGCGCUGUCGCCUCUGUAUCGGCUGUUUUAGCACUCAUUAUACAUUACAACGGAAAGAGACUAGCUUCUUCUAAAUAGUUAAUCUUAAAAUUAAGGUAAUGAUCAUUCUCGAUCAUCUCGAUCAUUCCGAUUGACUUGAAACGUAGUCACGUCUGCGUGGGUACCUCUGUCGCAUGUAAUUCUGCCGUCAGCUUG